AUGGAUCAGGAUCACCCGGAUGUUCCGAGGCGCGAAGUGGUUCUCACAUGGCGCCCUUCCACGUGGCUGCCGUUCCUCUACGCCACCGUCGUCUACUAUUUGUCGUUGAUCGCCGCGCAUCUGCCACGAUACGAACGGAUUACCGAUGACAAAUCAGCAGAACGAGACGCAGAAAAAAGAGCCGGUACGGAUGGAGUGGGGCCCGGCGGCGAGACGCAGACGGCGAAACGAGUAACCGAGUGUGCGCCCACGACGAUCGUAGCCGCUACAACAGCCGAGGAUUCAUCAUCAUUGUCGUUCGAUUGCAACUGUCUAACACCUCAUUUGUCGGGCGGCAAGACUUGUUCCCCGUCCUACGUCUCCACUCUCUCGCUGCCGCAACGGCGUCGGCGACCAUCGCUAAAGAAACCGUCGUCCCAGCAGCAGCAGCGGCAAACUUCAAAUUCUCCGCUCUCAACUAGCACUUCGAUCCCAACCGCAUCCGCCUCUUCCACUCCCUCAACAGUCUCCUUCCGCUCUCCGUCGCCGUCGAGUUCCGAAUCGUCCACCUCGACCGUCUCGCCCACCUCCACCAAAUCGAUAAUCGCCGUGGUUCCGUCCGGCAGCCACGUGCUCGUCGGAAUUCCUAAAUUGGACUGGAAAACCGAAUCGAUUCGGAUCAAACGGACUAGGAUGAGCGAAUGGCUGGACGCCGAGCAGCGCGACGUGAUGCGACAGUUCGACGAGGUGAUUCGGAACGAGGAGGAGGAGGACGAGAAGACGUCGAAGCGGAAGGGCAUUCUGAAGAACGGAUCAGUGAGAAGCACCACCUCCAACACCCGCCGGGUAUGUUUUCUCGUUUCGAUCGCAUUCGUUCGCUGAAUUCACAAGUACACUGCUUAGUCAUCUCAUCGCACCAGUUUCUAUUUUCAACUCUUCUGACUGACUCAUCUUUUCAACGCUUUCACAAAAACCGACGACCGCAUGGCAAAGAAACUGUUAGUUUUUGUAAUUGUCUGCGUCUCUCGAAUCUCGAAUAUCGCAAACAGACUCUUCAAGAAGAAGAAGAAGAAGAAGAAGAAGCUUGUAUUUGGUGAAAGAAACGGAAAGAGUCGAUCAUUUUUUAUUGAGAAAGGGGGGGAGACAUGUUGAGAUGAUUUAUGGUCGGAUAAUAGUGGGACGAAAUGAAAUGUGAUAUCGUGUUGUUUGUGAUAAGAAAACAGAUAAAAAGCUAUGGGUUUGGGAGUGGGUAGCCGUGGGAAAGUGUGUGUUUUGGUGGAGAAUGGACACAUCAGCGGUUAACUCAAGCUCCGCGAGCUACUCAUUUUUCCAGGUCAACCACUUUUGAGCUCUUGAAGUGUCUUUACCAAAAUCUAGGACCUGUUCAGGCCUGUUCUUUUGGCUCAGUUGCAGUAUUCCUAUAGGAAGCAAAAUUUGCAAGCUGCCUAGAUUUGGAUUGAAGUAUCUUGGGAGCAAGUUUCCAAUAAAUUGGAUGGGCCUUAAAGACCAUGCCAUUCAUAUCAACAAACCUCUAGAUCAGAUGAUCCAAUCGCUCUGAAACUCUGUCUUAAGACACUUCAAUGCGAGUCUCAAACGCUUGCAAAGUUUGGGAGCAAUCAUAAUAUUGAAAGUGAUAGAAGAAUCCGGAACCUGCCAGUAAUUCUCUUCCGGCUUGCCCUUUCAAUUGACCUUCGCCAUAAUUGGUACUCCAUUAGACACCUGCCCCUCCUUUGCCAUCACCGUUUUUUCUGUCCGUCUGAGUCUCUCCCCCUCCCCUCUUCCCCUCACCACAAAUCUCCUUACAGUUAUCGAAGCAUGUCUGAGGGCUUCUCCUCCAAUUUCGCCUAAUUUGUGUGUACUACUGUUGUUGUGUUUGUCUCUUCCGCUUUUCCUUCUCCUUUUGCUUCCCUUCAUUCAUUCCGUUAGCUUCAACCUCCUCUUGAAAUGCGGUACCCCUUUGGACUGAAGGUUAUUUGACUUUCUCGUCGUACCCCUUCCUAAUUGCAUGUAACUUGUCUUUUUCUUGUCGGAAUACAAACAUAAACGUUGGGGAGAACGACUGUUCACACGCUUCAUGGCUUCUUCUUCGUCUUCGUGUUUCGUACCGCCUUUCUGCCAAUGUACAAGUGUCCAAUGGAUUCGUUUCAUUGUUGUUUGCUUCUCUGGAAAACGACGACGUCCUUCAGUGCGACUGGUAAUCGGAUCCAUGAAUGUUGGAGGUUACAUUCUUCUCUUUCAGUCGUUUUUCCUUUCCAUUUUCCAUUUUCCAUCUUCCAUUUCUUCUUGUGCUCAAAUCCAUGCGAUCUUCGGAACCUGAGACUCCACAGGAGGUGUUUGAGUUGCAAAUUGGAAUCGAAAUGCAAAUUCCUUGCGCCCGAUUAUUAUGAUUGGUCUCAUAAAUCUCGGUCGUCAGAUGUUAUCUGUCUCGUUUUCGCCCCUUUCCGAGAUAUCCGUCCAUUCUUCGAAAUAGUUAUUCAUGAAGCCUGCCUCCAGAAUGAGAUCAUCGCAUUCGAAGGUACCUGUACCUACUCGAUACCUCUUCCUUUUGUCAAUUUGUUUUUGGUAUUGGCAAUGUCCAACCAGCCGGUCAUCCGAAUAGGUCCAAACAAUUGAGAGAGAGAAACAGAGAGAGAGAGAGAGACGGGGAACAUUACUUCUUUCGCCCGAAAGGUUGUUGUUUGCCGGUUGUUUGGCAAGGUGCGCAAAUAAAGACGGCGCGGUGCUCUUCCGCCAAUGAGCACACGCACGCGGAGCCAAGGGUGGAGGUAAAUCAGCUGUGGCCAGAGGUGUGGCGGUGAAUCACAGAAAGUCACUUGCGCACGCACAGUCAUCUCAGUCCCAUUCCAUUGUUGUUAUUAUUAUUCGUUCUUUCUUCCAACUUCCUUUCUCGACAUGGAUGAUUCCUUCGCUCGCCUACUUCAGUCGUCCUUGGCCCUUCCUCCCUCCCUCUUACUUCCUUUUUAUUAUUAUUCUUUCUUCUUUUUUUUUUUGAUCCAUCCAUCUCCUUUUCCAAGUGUGUUUUGUGUCGAAAUUCGGAAAUUGAAUUCCUUUGCUGCACUCGAUUGGAAGAAAUUAUUCUGAUGCCCUCCGACCGGUUAAAAGGGGUCUGGGAUAGAAAAUGUUUGUGUGUGUUUGAGAAGAGAAUGUGAUAAACUGUCUUACAGUACCUCUAGGAGGCUUGUACCCGUUCGUCCUGAUCGUUCCACCCAAACGAUUCUUUUGCCAGUGUCUCCAAAGUGUCGCUUACACAAAACGGCCAAUUAUGCGUCCCCCAUUCAUCCCGUGACGAUCCGUUCUUUGGUGGACAGUCCCUCAUAGUCACAAUGUUUUACACUGCAAAUUGAAGCCACUUCUUAUCGCUUUUUCUUUUUUCCCCUGCUCCAAUCUGUGCACAAUUGCCACUGAGUCGACGUUUGGCCUUUCGCCGCCGAACUGCAUACGAAAAGAAAGAAAGAAAGUGUUUAUUAUUGAGAAUUCACACAGUUCACAGUCACUUCCCUGCCAUAACUCUUUCUUAUUUCAGUCUGCUCUCCAAGAGACGCCAGUGUUUGUGCCACCACCACCGCCGCCAGACAACAUGCUCCUUCCGAUCGUCGCACAGUUGGACAAGCAGAAGGCGACCGACGAGUUCGGCUUCAACCUGCACGCCGAGAAGGGAAAGGGACACUUCAUCGGCACCGUCGACCAAGGAGGCAUCGGCGAGAGAGCCGGUCUGGAGGCCGGACAGCGCAUUGUCGGAGUCAACGGACAACUCAUUUAUCCACAGACGGGACACAAGGAGGUCGUCUCGCUCAUCAAGCAGUUUCCGCUCUCGACAACUUUGCUCGUCGCAUCGGUAGACGUUGACAAGUGGCACCGCGAUCACAACGUGUCCUACUCGUUCGACAACGUGGUGCACGCGCACGCGACCCCAGUCGUCCAUGCGGAAGUGCUUGCUCCGAAGAGCAACGGAUACGAGGCGCCGGCAUUGAACCCGCAUGUAAGUGUCGACGAUCGGAACAGCGUGUCGACCUUUCCCUCUAAUUUCGAAUCACUAAUUCAAUCCCACGCUUGCAGAGCAUUCAAGUAAACGAGGAACGCGAAGUGUCCAAGCUGACGACGACCACGAAAACCGAAGUGAUCUCGACGAACACGGCGUCGUACCAGUACAAGGUAUCUAAUGAGAAUUCGGGCGGCCGCGAGCCCGUCGUCAUAACAACUUGCUCGUUCCUGAACGUGAGUGAUCCGACCGGGCGCUUCUCCUCUCCUCUCUUUUUUCUCUCUUUUCUAUGCUUGGCUCACUUCGGUUCCAGCCCCUCAAUCCCCGUCGGAUCAUUCUCAGUUCAAUGGAGAGCCUUUUUUCUCGCUUUUUUCUCUUAAACUGAUUUUUCUUUUCAACUCAGUUCACCGCUUUCUAAGUUCCUCUCAUUAUCCCUACAGGAAACGACGACCGCCUACGACGCGUACGCCGCUCCGCCGGCCGCCAAUUCGGACGAUCUGAUGGCUCAGGUGUUUGGCCGCGUGGACCUUCCGCCAGUCGGAAACCAGGUCACGAUCCACAGUCACACCGAGGAAUUGCCGGCCGAGGACGCCUCUUCCGUCUCGUCGCUCACUUCUUCGCAUCGCGAGAGCGCCGUCGACGUGCCAAUCACUCAUCAGGUCACUUUUUCAGACUAUUUCGGAAGCCUUUUUCGGGAAAUUUCUUUUCGUUUGAAUGUUUGCUGAAUGCACUUCUAACUUUUUGGUUGUUUUUCGAACAAACUUCAGUUGAUCAAUUCUAAUCAUUCGGGAGAUUAUCGGGGCACAUAACUCGGUUUGAUCGCGAUCAUUUCAGUACGUACCAUCGUACGUGAGCCAGUCGCACCAGCAAGAGGAUCGUCACUCGCAGACUCAUCAGAAUCAUCAUCAGCAUCAUCAACAGCAUCAGCAGCAGCCGUCGCCACUGAGCAACGGAUCGAGCCACGGAUACGCGGCCAGCUCGACCAGCGGUAAGCACAAUUCCACGCGGAUUCUGAUGAGAUUGUGAGUUCAGGAUACGACGACGAUGACAUUUAUCAUUUGUCGGCGAAGGAGGCUCGCGAGCGUCUGCGCAACAAGAAUCGAAAGCAUCAUUUGUGAGUCGCAGAAGAUCGCUGAAAACCGAUAAAUAAUUCUAAUUUUCAGGCACGAGAUGAGCUUGAACGAGAAGUACCAGCUGGUGAGCAACAUGUAA